AUGAAAGCAUUUAGAAUCAUUGUUAUCUGGGUUUGUAUCACUGCAAUUAAAGAAAAAAACCUGCUAGCUAAGGCAACCUGGUCAUUGCCCGCUGCUCCCAAACUCCCCACAAAGAAAGCAGAGGAACAAACUAAACCAGUUGUGCUAGUACCCGUGGACCAAAACACAACCGCAGAUAGAAGUAACGAAGUGGACUGGAAAUCGAUACCUCAUCCCGAGCACAAAACGAAACGCUGCAAAAGCCUGACCCCGUUACGAAAAGUCAGAUUGAGUGCACCACUGAAGAAGGUAAACAAUGACGAAACCGAGUCGCAAUCUGGCAGUGCGAUGAAUAAAAUUGAGGUCGCAUUUCCAAGUUCAAAGAUGAAAAAUACAACUCCAAAACCGGAGUACCUCCCCACCUCGACGUUCGACGACCCAUCAGACUCCACAUCCCUUCCAAGAUUCGUGAAGCACAUCGACGAGAAUGACGAGAACGCGCUGGACUAUUCGUAUCACACCAGAGACCUGGAGGAAGCCUGGGCCCGGGGAAGAGGAAGGGAGCCCUUCACCGGUCAAGAGAAAAAGAAGAAGUACCUCUGCUACUGCCUGGACGAAGAGUGCGCCAGGAGAGACCCCCUGAAGUCCCUCUACUCCGGGAGGAAUCGUCCGGCGCCAAAACUCCUGCAAAACACAGAUUUAUACUCCCAAAUAGAGGCCCUGGCCGCUGCCAAUUCCGAAGAAGACCGAGGGGAGGAGUACCGAGGGUUGCCUUUAAUCUACCGCAAACAGGGGUCGCGACGACCCGCGGACAAACGCCUGAAGAGCAAGAAAUGCACCCCCGUGCUUGUGGCGUGCGAGCCCACCGACAAACCGACGAAGAUCAGCCUUCCCCUGCGGAUGCAGACGAACAGAGGGUCUCCACGACCGCCUGCAAGACCAUUUCGCCCGGUUGAAAGUAACUACCAGAGGUUCUCGGCAGAGGGCGCACCGAAUGUUCCGUACGGACCCCCCUAUGACGUCUACCAACUGCCCUCGCCACGCCUGAGCAGUCUGCAGGGAAUCCCCGAGCUGCCUCACUUGGGAUCGGCCUACGCAGGCGUCGAGGUCUCGUGCUCGAAUCCUGCGUUCUCCUCGUUAGAGGAGUGCGUUAAGUUCUGCGGGCGAGACGUCUGCUACGCAGCCAUGAACUACGGGUACUCUGGGUACUACCCGCAGCACGAUAACUACCAGCCCCCAAUGAUUGGAUCUCCACAUGCCGAAUAUGGGUACGAUAACUACCCUGGGAACUACGCGCCCACUGGAGUCCUUGACUCCAGCACUGAUUACAUCGUGCGACUCCCUGAUGACGAGGGGAAUUCGGGGGGUGAGGAGGCUCAGGCUGGAAGGGGUAAUCAACAGUACCCAGACUUAGCUGAGGGUGAAACAUUCGUGGGAAGCUCGAGUGACUGCUCUGCGCCCCCGCAAAUCGAGAGUGAAAUAGAAUCUUAUGAUGUUGCGGAGGGGGAUCUACCUGGACUGGGGAGACCACAUAAUGUCGUCCAACCAGGGUUCACUCAUGAAAGUCAAGUAAAACUAGUUAAUAUCCCUCGGGAAGAUCAUAAUGUCAUAGUCCAACCGGGAUUCACUCAUGAAAGUCAAGUAACACCACUUGAAAUUCCUCGGGAAGAUCAUAAUGUCAUCGUCCAACCAGGAUUCACUCAUGAAAGUCAAGUAAAACUAGUUGGCAUUCCUCGGGAAGAUCAUAAUGUCAUCGUCCAACCAGGAUUCACUCAUGAAAGUCAAGUAAAACCACUUGAAAUUCCUCGGGAAGAUCAUAAUGUCAUAGUCCAACCGGGAUUCACUCAUGAAAGUCAAGUAAAACUAGUUGGCAUUCCUCGGGAAGAUCAUAAUGUCAUAGUCCAACCAGGAUUCACUCAUGAAAGUCAAGUAAAACUAGUUGGCAUUCCUCGGGAAGAUCAUAAUGUCAUAGUCCAACCAGGAUUCACUCAUGAAAGUCAAGUAAAACUAGUUGGCAUUCCUCGGGAAGAUCAUAAUGUCAUAGUCCAACCAGGAUUCACUCAUGAAAGUCAAGUAAAACUAGUUGGCAUUCCUCGGGAAGAUCAUAAUGUCAUAGUCCAACCAGGAUUCACUCAUGAAAGUCAAGUAAAACUAGUUGGCAUUCCUCGGGAAGAUCAUAAUGUCAUAGUCCAACCAGGAUUCACUCAUGAAAGUCAAGUAAAACUAGUUGGCAUUCCUCGGGAAGAUCAUAAUGUCAUAGUCCAACCAGGAUUCACUCAUGAAAGUCAAGUAAAACUAGUUGGCAUUCCUCGGGAAGAUCAUAAUGUCAUAGUCCAACCAGGAUUCACUCAUGAAAGUCAAGUAAAACUAGUUGGCAUUCCUCGGGAAGAUCAUAAUGUCAUAGUCCAACCAGGAUUCACUCAUGAAAGUCAAGUAAAACUAGUUGGCAUUCCUCGGGAAGAUCAUAAUGUCAUAGUCCAACCAGGAUUCACUCAUGAAAGUCAAGUAAAGCCACUUGAAAGUCCUCGGAAAGAUCAUAACGUUAUCGUUCAACCAGGAUUCACUCACGCUUUCAAUGACGAUAAUUCAGCCGAGGGGGAGGCAACAGUGGCCCACUCUGAAAGCACCGAGGAUUGCGCAGAAUCUCCAGAACCUGAAACAUACGAAGCUAUAGAAACCCCCCUUCAUGCAGCCCAUCAAGACAAUCCGGAAGAUGUUGACGAAGAAAAUUGCACUUACCCUGAAGAACCCACCGAAGGAUAUCGAGUCCCAGGAGUUUAUCCAGAUCCUGGGAAUUACGGCAGCCAAUUUGAUACCACUCUUCCAUCGCCAACACCAUGGAAUUUCUACGAAGGAGACUCCCCUAAGGCUUCGAUAAUAGGAAAAUCAUACGGACCUUCAGAAUCCGCGGUCGACAAUAAUAAUUACCAAAAAGCUGAAGCACCAGUUGGACCUCAGCAAUCUGAAUUUCCUGAUUGCCCACAGGCAGAGCCAGUCAGUGCCUCAGCCGAUCAGCACUUACAUGACCUAGAGGCCCUCACGGGCCUGAGUAUCGAGGACAGCAAGCUCCUCCGAGGAGCGAUCUACGAGUCUAUAAACCGCGUGGCAUCCAGUGCAAAGCAGGAAAUCGAAUCAAACAAAGUGUCUUCCUCCUGCGACAUCAUCGGAGCGCCCGAGCCAGCAAAAAUCCCAGGGCUCGGGGACAAUUCCCUCCUGCGGAACCUCCUGCACACGUCAGAAGUCCGGAACCUCGUGCUGGGCACCAUAAAAGCGUUGAUUCCGCAGGUGACGGGAACAUCCAGAGACAGUGGUCUAGGAAAACUAGCUGACAACAUCAUCAACCGAUCUCUGAGUGUCGUCCUCGGUGAGGACGAUCUCCCCGAGGAUUCGGGGGAGCCCUCCCUGGGUCUGGUGAACGAGAACGUGGGCUCAAUGCCCGACCAAAUCAUGAGAAUCCUCUCGUCCCUGAUCAACCAACCCGGCGUUGGUCUCGAAAACGCUAGACUACCGGGCAUUCAGAAUAUAAUAGUCAGAACUCUGGGGGAAAUUUUGCGGAGGGGAAAGAACGUGGUGGACAACGCCGUCAUCUGGGAGGCCCUGAACGAUGUUCUUAACCCAGAAGAGGGCCCAGUGGUCGCUCCGAAGACCCCGAGACCCACACAACCAGAGCUCCCAAAACCCCUGCUGCCUCGUGCUCGUGUUCACGACGACAAAGUGAUAAUGAAGCCUCUCGGCUACUUCCCGGUGACCGAGCAUUACAUAAAAAAGGGUCAGUGGUACGAGAGUUCGGCGACUAUCGGCUACAAAGGGGAAUUCCCUGGGGACUUCCCCGACGCGGUGAGACCUGCGGAUUCGGAAAAUGCAGUGGCGCCCCAGGAUUACUCUCAUCUGGGUUCACCGAAAGACGCGGAUUGCGUGACCGAGGAGGCGAACACUCCGAUCAAGUAUCAGUCCCCCCAAAACAUUGUUCUGGAGUACAUAAAAAAUCAUCCGGCAGGCGAGGCCAAUCUGGGGGCUGCGAUUUCGGGGGACGAUGAUGCUGAUGAUUGCGCCUCUGAGGAGCCCAUCAUUGGAGACCAAUUGGAGAGUUACGACGACAGAUCGCCUCAUGAUUUCACUGGCUCUGGGGGGAAAGAGUCCGGGGGUAGUGCAGGUUCUCCAGUGUCGAACCCGACGUAUUUCGGAAGAAUAACAUCUCCGAAUGCCGGCGGUAUCUCUGGCAUUGGAGAUCUAGAGGGCAGCGAGCUCCUCUACAUCGGAGAUGGGGUGAAGCUGCCCCUCAGCAUCAAGAGAAUGGAGGACGGCUCGUUGGCGCUGAUGCUUUCCGAGAAGAUUUGCCGAAGUUUUGUCCAGAAAAAUUGCCCCUGCUGCCUGCCGCAGCAGGGGGGACAGGUGAGGUACAGCAGACGAGCUGGGGAAAAAGGGAAUACGAGGGGGAUAAGAUCGAGUACUAUUAAUAGUGAUGAGGCUGACGAUAGCCCUUCGUCUGGGGAGGAUGCAGGAGCGGUGGCAGUGAUGCCUGUCGAGAAAUUCGUUGAGAAAUACAAUCUAACGUUGAAUUUGGGAGACAACGGUGAAAUUAAUUCGUGGAGGGACAAAAGUGGGAAGUUAGAGAGGCGAGGAACAGAAUCGAUGGUAAAUUAUGUAGAGGAUGGAAGAGAACGAGAAGAUUCUGAAGAUUCUGGGGAGAACGAUGAGGAUGUGUCAGUAAUUCUCAGUCCUUCUGAUAGAGAUGAAUAUAUUCAGGAGUUACUGGCAAUGCAAAAUGCUCCGGUGAACGAUCGGGCUGCUAUUGUAAUAAAUGCUCUUGAUGAUCUUUUAAACUUCUCGGCUGAAGGAGGGGCGGGGGAGGAGGGACAAUCUGCAGAUGGCUUUGAGUAUCAGAAGGACAAUCCCUUCAUGAAACGCGUGGAGAACAUAAAGGAGGGGCAAUCGGGGCACGGAGGGUACAAGUACCAACGGAAUCUUGAGGACACCGCCAGGGUGCGGAUGGAAGUGGCGAAGGAUGUUCUCCACUGGCUGAAAGAAUUAAUUGUCAAAUCAAAGACGAGUGGAAUGGGAUAAUCACACUCGCUAUUCAUUUUUGUUCACUCACCUCAUUUUUGUAAGCUCUGUAAAUAAGUGUUUCACUUUCUUCAUGAUCAUGAAUCUCUGCGAGCAGGACAUUCUCAUUCUAUUUUGUAUCCGGAGAAAUGGGACGUCCGUCGCUCAACUGAUGGUGUGGAAUUUUUUUACGGUUUUCGGAUUGAAGUUUUUUGCUGCAAAAAUCAUUGUAACGGAAUAAUUAGUUGCUUGGGGAAGCAUAACAUGUUUUGUACUUUAUACACUAUGUAUUCUUUAUCGAAUUGGGCUGAAUAGUGACGAAGAAAUAGUGGAUGAAAUGAAAUUACUGAAAUUAUUAGGGAUUAGAGAUCGAAGAGAAAUCAUUUUUCCUGAUCCGCGGACAGUUCACCUCGUUUUUGUAAGCUCUGUAAAUGAGUGUUCACUUUCUUCAUGAUCAUGUGUCUCUGCGAACUACACCAUGUUCUCAUUCUAUUUUUUAUCCGGAGAAAAAGGGCCUCAUUCCCUCAACUGAUGUUAUGGAAUUUCGUGAAGUUGAAGAUGUUCACAGGUCCCCUUUUUCUGCAAAAAUCAUUAUAAAAAAAUUAUUUCCUUGUAAACCCGGAAAUGCAAACGUGUAGGCAUAAAAUAUUUUAUGCUCCGUAAACUAUGUAUUCUCGAUCAAAUUGUUUUGAACAGUAACAAAUAAAUAAUAAACUGAAAAAAAAUUACUGAAAUUCCUAGAGAUUAGAGACCAAAGAGAAACCAUUUUCCCUGAUCCGCGUGGAGUUUACCUCAUUUUUGCAAGUUCUGUAAAUGAAUGUUCACUUUCUUCAUGAUCAUGUGUCUCUGCGAACUACACCAAGUUCUCAUUCCAUUUUUAUCCGGAGAAAAGGUGCCUCAUUCGCUCAACUGAUGUUAUGGAUUUUCUUGAAGAUGAAGAUGCCCACAGGUCCCCCUUUAUCUGCAAAAAUCAUUAUAAAAAAAUGAUUAUUUCCUUGUAAACCCGGAAAUACAAACACAUAAGCAUAAAAUAUUUUAUGGUCUGUAAACUAUGUAUUCUCUAUCGAAUUAUUUCGAACAGUGACGAAUA